AUGUCGAUAGCUGGAAAGGAUUUUUCCGAUACUCAGAGCAAUCGGCUUGUUUUAGAACAUGACAAUACCACUCUUAAUCCGCUGGUAGAUCUUCAUGUAUAUAUUGUACCACCAGAUAUCUGGAGAGAUCGUUUCAAUAAUCUAUUAAACCAAUCAGUGUCUGAAACUGUCUCUAUAGGCAUUAUCAGAGUAUCACCUGAUAUAAAACUGACUGAUAUCCGAGAUGAGUUACCACGGCAACUAGAAGAUCUCGUCCCCAGUGAUUUUAUAUUUCUACGAUCAGUUGGUCGCAGUUUAACACGGGUAAGACUUUAA